AUACAAGCUUAAAACAAAAUAUAAAAUAUGGAAUUCCAUAAACUAAAAAUUCAGAUUCCCAUAACAUCUCUAAAUUUCCAAUUCCAAGAAAACAAGUCGCCGAUCAUCCUCAAUUCAUCCUCCAUUUUUUCCGAUCAUAUUCCCGAUUCCAAGAAACCAAGUCGCCAAUCAUCCUCAAUUCAUCCUCCAUUUUUUUCGAUCGUAACAUCGUCUUCUCCGGCAACAACAGAUUUCUUCUCCAAUCAAGCAAUAAAAUUCUUGAUCGCCUCUCGGAAGUGUUGCUUCAAAUCUACCUCGCAAAUCGAACAUUUUCGCAGUCUUUCUCUCCGGCCUUCUACAAUCAUCGAAUUAAACAUAGAAUUCAAAUUUUGAUCAAUCGCUCUUCUUCUUCGGCAACUAAAAUAGAAUUUCGAUUCUUGUCCAACAAUCACAUCUCUUUCACAUGCAAACAAUCUGAUUUUAGCUUCAUUUCUACGAUUACUCAACAUGUAACAAUUUAACUAAACAAAAUAUUGUUUGAAAUAUACGACAUGCAAAAUAAUAACACAAAGAAACAUAAAAUUACUUUUUUAAUUAUUCACAUGAAACUAGUUACAUCACAAAACUUGAACAUUUACAUAAUUCAAAUAUUACAAAAUAAUAUAAAAUGAAACAACAAAAUAAAUACAGUAACUAGUUACACACGAAAAUAAUAAUAAUAACAUUCUGCAUUAAAAUUUAUCAUGAAACAUGGAAAAAUAGAUAUUGAUUUACGUUUAUAAAACCGGUUACAUAAUAUGUCUUUAACUUUGCGUAUUUGACAUAUAAAAAAAAAAGACAACACAUUCACUAAAGUAACCAGUUACACACGCAAAACCGAACAUAAUGCAAAAUAAUUAAUUAUAGAACCUGGAAAAUAGUUCUUGAUUCACUAAAAGAAACUAGUUACUUAAAUAUUUUCAACAUAUGUUAAUAUUCAUUCACUAACGUAACCAGAUACUUUUGAAACAACACUAAAAAUUAUGUUGUGCUAUAUUGCAGAUAUGGAAUCCAUAAUGACAUUGAUUCGUUUUGGAGGAAAAUAGACAGAUAGAUAUCAGUAUGAUGACUACAGCAUGAUUGGAGUGAUAAUACCAACAAAUUGUUCUCUAAACAAUUUGGUUCAUUUAGUGAAAACUGAGAUAAAAUGCAAGGGAUAUUUGCGGCAUAAGUACCCAAUGUUUAUUUUUAGUGGCAAAAGUACCCAAAGUCAGUAAAACUGUAAUUUCGUCAGCCUCCUCUGUUAGGUUCCGUUUCGUGAUGACUGGACCAACACGUGUCACUUCGUGAUUAGUCCAAUUCAAUAAUAUUUUAAAAAUAAUUAUGAUUUGGACCAAUAAAAACGCGACACGUGUCUGCGUAACGGAGGAGACUGACGGAAUUACAGUUUGACUGACUUUGGGUACUUUUGCCACUAAAAAUAAACAUUGGGUCUAUGCCGCGUACAAAACCUAAACAUUGAGUACUUAUGCCGCAAUUAUCCCAAAAUGCAAUAUUCAAAAUAUUGAGCUGAGUUACCAGUUAUCACCAGGUAUGCCACCAAUGAAAUUACUCACUGAAAAUUCAGUCCUAUUCUAUAUUGAGCUGAAAAAGAUGCAAAAUGAAGUAACUGAGCUAUCACUAUGCAUCACCACUUUUGAUCAAAUAAUAGCUGAAACUAUUCAACACAAUACAUAUGAAAAAGAAACACAAAAACAGAACAAAGAUUUAGAAAAGCCAGUUCUUCAACUAAACAACUAGCAAUCAGCUACAGAUUUACAAUAUGACGAAGCAACCUUCACGAAAAAUAGCCAGGUACAAAUCUUCCCAAAUAUUACAGACAUAGCUGAUAAUGUAGCAAAUUUUAUCAUAGAGAGAACAGAAGACAACAAAAGAAAAAGAGAAGAAGAUACAGAAAUUAUAACUGAUCAUAAAAUUUUCAAAGUUGAAGAAGGCCAGAUUUAUAAGGACAAAAAGCUCUUGAAAUCUGCUCUAUGUUAUAAUGCUAUGAUCCACAACAUCCAAUUCAAGAUAAAAAUAUCUGAACCGAGAGAGUACCUGGUAACUUGUGUGAAUGACAAUUGUAACUGGUUACUUAGAGCUUCAAAGUUCAAGAAAAUAGAAACAUUUAAAAUCAGAAAGAAUGUAAAAACUCACACCUGCUCCUUGGAUAUCAUUAUGGAAGACCACAGGUAGGCAAAUUGCAAUGUCAUUGGAGAACUAAUAAAAACAAAAUACAUGUCAAUAAAGAGAGUACACAUACCAAAUGGCAUAAUUAGCGACAUGCUAGAUGAUUAUGAUGUUUCAAUGGGGUACCAAAAAGCCUGGAGAGCAAGAGAAACAACUUUAGAAUUGGCAAGGGAAAACCAAGAUGAUUCAUACCAAAAACUUCCCAUCUACCUUCACAUGCUAAAAGUUUCGAACCCAGGUACAAUAACGCACCUGGUUACAGACAAUAAAGGUCACUUCAAAUAUAUGUAUCUGGCAUUUGCAAAUUCCAUCAAAUGAUGGAAGCACUGUAGGCUAGUCAUUGUGAUAGAUGGAACUUACUUGAAGACAUCAUUUGGGGGAACUUUAUUCACUGCUUCAACAAUGGAUGCUAACAACAACAUAUUUCCAUUAGCCUUUGGAAUGGGAGACUUUGAAAAUGAUUCAUCAUGGUUAUGGGUUUUCACAAAGCUAAAGGAGACAAAUGGAGAAAGAGAAGGUAUAGCAACCAUUUCAGACAGACACAAAAUCAUAGAAAAUGCUGUAGACAAUGUAUACCCAAAAGCUUUCCAUGGAGCAUGCAUAUUCCACCUGCUAAACAACAUCAAUGUCAAUUUCGGUGUCCAUGGGGAGGACCUAAACAUAAACUUUUUCAAAGCAGCAAAGGCAUACAGGGUACAAUCAUUUGAGCACUACAUGCAUGAAAUAGACAAGAUUGACACUCGCAUAAGACCGUAUUUACAAAAAAUUGGAUAUUGCACUUGGUCUAGAUGCCAUGCUCCAACAAGAAGAUAUACAAUGAUGACAUCAAAUAUAGCCGAAUCGAUAAAUGCUGCAUUGAAAGCUGCAAGAACGCUGCCAAUCACUACAAUGAUGGAAGACCUUCGAAGUUUAGUUCAAAAAUGGGUAUGGAAAAAUGGUAACGAAGCAAACGGAACAUUCACACAAGUAACAACAAUUACUGAAACUGUGCUUAGAGAAAACUUUAUUCGAGUUAUUAAAUUUCAGGUCUUCCCAGUAAACACUAUACUAUACCAAGUUGUGGUUGAAGACAGAGGAAAUUUUCUGGUCAACCUAAUGGAGAAAACAAGUGAAUGCAAAAGGUUCCAACAAGAUGAAAUACCGUAUGCACAUGCAAUAGCAGUAUUCGCCAAAACACGACUGAAAACAUAUGAUUAUGUUGCUGAUUACUACAAAACUACAACUAUGAAAGCAACAUAUGAGUCAACUGUUCAUCCAUUGCCAAAUGAAAGCGAAUGGACACUGCCAGAGACUUUAAGCAAAAUUGUCCUACCACCAAAAUCAAGAAAACCACUAAGCCGCCCUAGAAGGAAAAGAAUCAGAUCUAGAGGAGAACCAAAAGUGCAGAUAAAAUGUGGAAGAUGCGCGCAACCAGAACAUAAUAGAAAAACAUGCAGGAAUGAACCAAUCUCAAAGCAGCGAAACCCAACCAAGUCAAAGAAAUUAAACAAAUAAUUUUCUAAAGAGUAGAUAUACUACAAUUUCAAUUAAUUCAAUUGAUAUAAUAAAAUUGUAUCCUAAUGUUUUCUACUUCAAUAAAAGUACAGACUUUUUAAGCAUUUUACAUUUUAUAAACUUAAUACUCAACUUCCUGGUUCCAACACAAGAUAUUCAAAAUCUAAAGACUCAAGUACCUGGUUACAACACAUAUUAUAGAAAAAAAAACAGUUAAUAUAAGUAAAUUUAAACAACGACUAUAUACACAUGUAACCAACGACUUAAAAACCUAGUUAUAUAAUCACAAAUCUUUCACAAAAAAAAAAAACAUAAAUAUAUAAAUUUUUUUUAAAAAUAAAAAUAAAAACUAAAGAAACAGUAACCAGUUACCUGAAACAUAUGUCUUUCACUAUCAAAAACAGAAGUAACCGGUUACACCAUCCUCAUACAAACCUACUUACAAAAAAAUUAACAUUUACAAACCAGUUACAUAAUGAAGAAUCUCCUUAAAAUACUUUGACAAUUUAUGAAUAAAAAAUUAUUAUAAUUUAACAAAAAAUAAUUCAUGAACUUAAAAUAAAAAAUAAAAAAUUGUACCUAGUUGCCUGUAAUGUAAAACUGAUCUUUUCAAACUAUACAAUAAUCAGUUAUCCAUUAGCACACAAACUUCUCCAAAAAUAAUUGAAACCUAUAUGAAAAAAAAUGUACAUAACAAUAUCUUUAAACUUUAAAAAAAAUCACCAACUCUAUUGAAAAAAAAAACACACACAUUAAAAUAAAAUACAAAUUAAAACAACUUUAUAUUAAGCCAAAAUGUGAAACCAGUUCUUUACAUUGACCAAAAAAAAAAAGUAUCCAGAAACAAGUACAGUACUAAACCAAUAUCUAGGUACAAACCACAACUUCACUGUUAAACAAAGAAGAAAAAAGACAUGGACAUUAAUACAACUAAAAAAAACUACAAAAAUCUCUUAUAAUUCCUCAUCCUCUUUGAUUUCUUUGAUGGAGCAUUAUCUUCUGUCUUGUACCCACCAAUCUGCUUCUUUUUCGCAUGACUAUACAAGUUAAUGGCAAGAUAAUCGCGAUAGGUAGCAACUUUGGGAUGUCAUCAAUCUUCCCAUGGAUAAACAAAUCGACAUACUUGAUAACAAAUAAUCCACAAUCACUGGAAAACAAACAAAAAACAACAAAUGAAAUUAUUUAAAACAAACAUAAUAGAAAAAUAAACAACAAUAUACAAAAACCAGUUACUUACUUGUCCUCUUGAGAAGACAAGUCUUUGGCAAAGUUAAAAUCAAUUGGAUCAUUCUUCCCAACAGAAUAUGGACCAACAUUCAAGUUCAAAUCUUUCCUAGAACCAUAAAAAUCAAGAAAGAGUCUAGAAAAUAUGGUAAAACAACAGAAUAAGCCUUCACAUAUGGCAAAGCAAUACUCUCAUUCUUCUUCCCCACCAAAGAGUAGUAGACAGUUAACAUCCUACUCUUUAUGGAAAAGUGAAUAAACCCAAUGUAACUGAACUUUCAAAUGCAUAGGAAAAAGAACAUGAUCCACAUCCACUCAAGGAGUGUUACAAAACAAAUAUUCACCAAUAAUGUAAUCUGAAAUGAGGUUAUCAAAACGAAUGCUGCUUGGAUCAUAUUUGGUUGCCACAAAGUUAUCAUAAAAACCCUUGAUAGUUGCAUCAAACCAAGAGUCUGUAGUUGUAACCCUCUUGUUCAAACCAUCAAUCAACUUAAUCUUCUUCCUCAAGUAAUAAAAACAUACAUUGAUAUGCUACAAAAAAUAAAUAUACAAAAGUUAGGAACCUAAUUACUAGCCAAUAAAUAAUAAUCAAAACAACUUACACACAAUACUACAAGAACUUGGUUACUAGCCAUAAAUAAUCAAAACAAGUUACACACAAUACUAAAAGAACUUGGUUACUUGUCUUAACCAUGAUCAACAAAAAUAACAAAACAUCUAAACAAACAAAUACUAUUUAAUAAACAUUAUACCAAGAACCUGGUUACUUACAGUAUCCAUAAGGUCCUCCCCACAAGUUUGAAGCUUGUAAAACCACAUA